AUGGCGGCCCGAACCUUACGGAAGCGUGGAGUUAAGAACGCAGAGGAGCCGUCUGCAAAGAAACAAAAGACCGGGACCCAGACGAAGGUUAAGCUGGAGGACGAGUCUUUGGACGAACUCCCACACAACCUUGGGCCAGUUCGCGCCAUCCCAAAGAACGUCAAGAUCCCUACUCCACUAGAAGACUCGAAAGAGUCAGCCGAAGAUGUCAAAGUCGAAGAGGACUUGCCUGAAGCCAAACACAGCAUCAAAAAUCCGAACCCACCUUCUCCCCAGGAGGCAGAACCUACUACCCGGAGAUCGCUGCGACCACGGAGAUCAGCUGCCAAAUCUUCAUAUUUUGAGUCUGACGAUGAGUCUAGCACAAAGGUGCAGAUCAAGAAACAAAGCAAAUCAUCGCCAAUAAAGAAGGAAAUCAAAGAUGAAGAUGUCGAUGCCAGCGUUGCAAUAGAAGCACCAGUCCGGAAAACUGUCAAGAAGACGAAGGCCAACCCAUAUGGGCUUACGCCUGGGAUCACGCCUUUCCCCGAGUGGGAAGCUCCAUCAGCAGAAGACUGCGAAGAAGUCUAUCAUCUGUUAGCGAAAAUUCACGGAGAAGCAAAGGCCCCUGAGAAGAUACCAGCACCGUCUCUCGAGGUAUCGGGCUGUGGAGAGGUCCCUUCUGUUCUGGAUGCUUUGAUCCGCACUCGUCUGAGUGCAAACACUUCCAACCGUAAUUCAAGCGCUGCAUUUAGAGGGCUGGUGAGCACCUUUGGCACUGUCAAUAAGGGUAUCGGAAAAGGAAGCGUUGACUGGAACAAAGUCAGAACUGCCUCUCUACCUACCAUUGUCGAGUCUAUCAAGACUGGUGGUCUGGCCCAAGUCAAAGGUAAGGAUAUCAAGGCAAUACUGGAGUUGGUGUAUGAAGAAAAUACAAAGCGAAGAGAGGCUUUCAUGCAAGAGAAGAGUGGAGGGAAAGCAUCAGACAUUACAGGAGCAGAUGGUAAGACUCAGGGCCAGAAAGACCUUGAGAUUCUGAAGACGGACCAAGAGAUCCUGUCGUUGGAUCACAUACAUGGAAUGGCCCCAGACGAAGCGAUGCAGACCCUCACCAAAUUCCCUGGCAUUGGAGUCAAGACAGCGUCAUGUGUUAUCCUCUUCUGCCUGCAACAGCCCAGCUUCGCAGUCGACACACACGUACAUCGCAUCAGUGGAUGGCUGAAAUGGAUACCACCCAAAGCUACUCGGGAUCAAACAUUCAGUCACCUGGAGGUCCGCAUACCUAACCAUUUGAAAUACGGGCUACAUAAGCUGUUUGUCACACAUGGGAGAACCUGCAUCCGCUGCAGAGCGAACACAAGUGAAGGAAGUGAGGAAUGGAAUAAAUCAGAGUGCCCACUUGAUGCGCUCAUGGAGCGAACAGGCAAAAGACAGUAUGGAGGGAAAGGAGGGUCAAAGAAGCAGCUGAAGGAAGAGGACAGUGAUUAA